AUGCCGACCGGCCGCCUGCGCCUCGAAGGAAAAGUCGCCGUCAUCACGGGCGCCGGCUCCAGUGGUCCCGGAUUGGGAACUGGAAAGGCCGCCUCCAUCCUGUUCGCCCGCGAGGGAGCCAGAGUGCUGCUGGUGGACCGCAACCCACAGGCCGCCGAGGAAACCCUGGCCACCAUCCGCGAAGAGGGCGGCGAAGCAUCCAUCAUCGGCGCCGACGUUACCCUGGCCGUAGACUGCCAGGCCAUCGCCGAUGCGGCGGUUGAACGCUAUGGAGCCCUGCAUAUCCUGUUCAACAACGUGGGCAUCACCGGCCCGGGGUCUCCCACCGACGUCGAAGAAAGCGUCUGGGACAACGUGCUGGACGUCAACCUCAAGAGCAUGAUGCUCACCACCAAAUACGCCGUUCCCAAAAUGAUGGACGCCGGCGGCGGCAGCAUCAUCAACAUGUCCUCCAUCGCCGGCGUCCGCGCCGGCAGCGGCGCGGCCAGCGUCCCCUAUUCUGCCUCCAAGGCCGGCGUCAUUGGUAUGUCGGAGACGAUGGCGGUGCACCUGGGUCGAGACAACGUGCGGGUCAACGUUAUCGCUCCCGGCCACAUCUACACCCCCAUGGUCGGCGGAACCAUGGAGCCCAUAACCCGCGAACGGCGGCGAAAGGCCGGCCCCCUUGGAGUGGAGGGCAACGCCUGGGACAUCGCCUACGCCGCCCUCUUUCUCGCCAGCGAUGAAUCCCGCUGGGUGUCUGGUGUGGUGCUGCCCGUGGAUGCCGGACUGUUGGCCGCUACGCCCCUUGCCAUGUACUCCCGCAUCAGCGAAGGCGAGUAG